AUGAUUCUGAACAACGCUAGGGAUAUUAGUGACCUGAGAAUUCCCCCGGGCAAUCGAUUAGAGGCUCUUUCUGGAAAUAGAGAAGGGCAGUACAGCAUCCGCGUCAACAAUCAGUGGAGAAUAUGCUUCACAUGGAGGGGACGGAGACGCCUAUCAGGUAGAGAUAGUUGA